CUCUGAGCCACUCUGUCCCUCAGGUUAGAAAUGCGCCCUUUCUGGACCACGAACGACGGCUGCGAGAGAUUUCUUCCCACACGCCGUCCUCGACAUCGCCACACUCUGCGAUAUGUAACUAACAUCUGUCUAUCCAGUCCGAUGACGAGCGUUUCGCCAUUAACCUCAGCGAUGAGAGCUUCGAGACCUACGAGCUCGACCCUCCCCCCUACACCCUCGAGGUGACCAAGAAGGAGCUGAAGCAGAUGUACUACGACAUGGUCAGCAUCCGACAGAUGGAGAUGGCCGCCGAUCGUUUGUACAAGGAGAAGAAGAUCCGUGGUUUUUGCCACUUGUCUGUCGGACAGGAGGCUGUUGCUGUCGGCAUUGAGCACGCUAUCACCAAGGAGGACGACAUCAUCACCUCCUACCGAUGUCACGGCUUCUCCCUGAUGCGAGGUGGCACUGUCCGAUCCAUCAUUGGCGAGCUUCUUGGCCGACGUGAGGGUAUUGCCUAUGGAAAGGGCGGUUCCAUGCACAUGUUCCACAAGGGUUUCUACGGUGGCAACGGUAUCGUUGGUGCCCAGGUCCCCGUUGGCGCCGGUCUGGCUUUCGCCCACAAGUACGAGGGCCGAAAGAACGCCAGCAUCAUCCUCUACGGUGAUGGUGCCAGCAACCAGGGUCAGGUCUUUGAGGCCUUCAACAUGGCUAAGCUGUGGAACCUCCCUGCCCUCUUCGGCUGUGAGAACAACAAGUACGGCAUGGGUACCUCCGCUGCCCGCUCGUCUGCCCUGACCGACUACUACAAGCGUGGCCAGUACAUCCCUGGUCUCAAGGUUAACGGCAUGGACGUCCUGGCCGUCAAGGCUGCCGUCAAGUACGGAAAGGAGUGGACCGCCGCCGACAAGGGCCCUCUCGUCCUCGAGUACGUCACCUACCGUUAUGGUGGCCACUCCAUGUCCGACCCCGGUACCACCUACCGAACCCGUGAGGAGAUCCAGCGCAUGCGCUCCACCAACGACCCUAUUUCCGGACUCAAGCAAAAGAUUCUGGACUGGGAGAUCACUACCGAGGAGGAACUCAAGAAGCUUGACAAGGAGGCUCGUGCCCACGUCAACGAGGAGGUUGCUCUCGCCGAGGCCAUGGCUGUCCCCGAGGCCAAGCCCUCGAUCCUGUUUGAGGACAUCUAUGUCAAGGGCACCGAGCCUCAGUUCAUCCGCGGCCGAACCACCGAGGAGAACUUCUACUUCAACAACUAAGGAAGGAGGCGCGAAGGGGCUGAGCCGUACCUAUAAUGAUUCCUAACUUGUUGCCUUUUGUAAUAUACAACCAUGACUAGAGGACUAAAUUGGUCCAAAUGGACACGGGCGAGAACCCAUGUUUACUUCUUGUGAGAUAAUGAAGGGCUACGCUAGGGAUCCUGAAGAAAUAUCUCUGCCGUAAUAAGACUCAAACCACUGAAUGUUGGGGGUGAGGUUGGGGGCACGAACAGUUGGUGGCCCCCUGUAAUAUGGACCAAUGCACAAAUGCUACAGCACCUGCCUAGAGGCACAGGCAGCAAACGCCCUCACGUGACCCGCGUCGCGUCGCUUUACUUCCUCCACCGUCGCGAAUCC